AUGGGCGCCUACGCCGAGCUGGUCCUGCCCGUGAUCAAGAACCUGGAACUGAACGCCGCCGUUCGCGCCGACCGCUACACCGGCGCGUCGGGCUCGUCGCGUGACGGCUCCUUCAGCUCGCCCAACCUGUCGUCGACCAGCCCGAAGAUCGGCCUGCGCUGGACGCCGAUGAAGGAACUGCUGGUGCGUGGCUCCUACGGCAAGGGCUUCCGCGCCCCGGCUCUGGACAACCUGUACGCACCGUCGUCCCUGACGAACACCGGCGGCAACUUCAACGACCCGUACUACAACACGGCCGUCGGUUGCGCUGCCAAGCCCAACACCAACUACUGCGACACGCAGCUCACGGUCCAGAACAACAGCAACCGCAACCUGAAGCCUGAGAAGUCCAAGACGGCGACGGUCGGUGUGGUGUUCGAGCCGAUGAAGGAUCUGUCGAUGGAGCUGGGCUACUUCAGCAUCAAGAUCACCGACGGCAUCAAGUCGCUGUCGGGCGACGACAUCCUGAAGGACUGGUACAAGAACCAGACCGGCCCGACGACCAGCACGUCGGUCUACGCCAACCGCCUGAUCAAGAACGCCCAGGGCUACCUCGACUACGUCAAGGCUUCCCUCGAGAACGUCGGCCAGGCCACCGCGCAAGGCUUCGACCUCUCGGCCAAGUACCGUGUGCGCACCACGGUCGGCACCUUCACGCCGGCCUGGGAAGCCACGAUCGUCACCAAGAGCAGCGAGACCAACAUCGUCACGGGUGAUGUCGAGGACAACCUCGGCAAGUACUACCUGGGCGGCCCGAUCAUCCGCGUCAAGCAGAACUACAGCCUCGACUGGGACGGCGGCGACUGGGCCGGCGGCGUGCGCUACUACGUCCAGAGCGGCUACCGCGACUACGACGAAGUCCGUCACGUGUCCAAGUACGACCUGUGGAGCCUGCAGGGCCAGUACAAGGGCGUGAAGAACCUGACGCUGACCGCCGGUGUUCUGAACCUGCUGAACAAGAAGCCGCCGGUCACCGUCCAGGAAGACUACUUCCAGGUCGGCUUCGACCCGACGUACGCUGACGUCAAGGGCCGCAGCUUCUACGUUCGCGCCAGCUACAAGUUCUGA